AUCUCUCGUCCUUCGAUGACCCGUAGCUUCUACAAAAAGUGUAAACUCCUUCACUACCACUAGGACACGUUGCAGUCUGCCAGCUCUUGGAGCAGACUGUUCUGGUCGUUUUGCACGUAUUGUUCGUAUUCUGAUGUUUCAAAUUUUGGUAAAAAAAUGAGGGUUCUCCCUUUUCUACUACCACUAAUACCCGUUCUCCUGGCAACCACAAUAACCGAUUUACCCGAACUGGUUGUAGUCACAGUUGCAACUGAAAAUACAGAUGGGCUUAAACGUCUUCUAGAAUCUGCAAAAGCAUUCGACAUCAAUAUUGAAGUUCUUGGAUUGGGCGAGAAGUGGAAUGGUGGUGACACAAGAAUCGAACAAGGUGGAGGCCAAAAAAUUCGAAUUCUUUCCGAUUGGAUUGAAAAAUACAAAGACGCUUCGGAUACAAUGAUCAUGUUUGUGGAUGCUUAUGAUGUUGUAUUCAAUGCUGAUUCUACAACAAUCCUCAGGAAGUUUUUCGAACAUUACUCUGAAAAGCGUCUUCUAUUCGGAGCUGAGCCAUUCUGCUGGCCAGAUCAGAGUUUGGCACCAGAAUAUCCUAUUGUUGAGUUCGGGAAACGAUUCUUGAAUUCUGGCCUCUUCAUGGGUUACGGUCCGGAAAUGCACAAAAUUCUGAAGUUGAAGUCCGUUGAGGAUAAGGAUGAUGACCAGUUGUACUACACAAUGAUUUAUCUUGAUGAGAAGUUGAGAAAAGAAUUGAAUAUGGAUCUUGAUUCAAUGUCCAAGAUCUUCCAAAACUUGAAUGGAGUUAUUGAAGAUGUUGAACUUCAAUUCAAAGAAGAUGGAACUCCAGAAGCAUAUAAUGCAGCUUAUAACACCAAACCAUUGAUUGUUCAUGGUAACGGUCCUAGCAAAUCCCAUUUGAACUACCUUGGAAAUUAUCUCGGAAACCGUUGGAAUUCACAACUCGGAUGUAGAACUUGUGGGCUUGAAGUGAAAGAAUCUGAAGAAGUGCCACUGAUUGCAUUGAACCUUUUCAUUUCGAAACCUAUUCCAUUCAUUGAAGAAGUUCUACAAAAAAUCGCUGAGUUUGACUAUCCGAAAGAGAAAAUUGCAUUGUAUAUCUACAAUAAUCAGCCAUUUUCAAUUAAGAACAUUCAAGACUUUUUGCAAAAACAUGGGAAGUCAUAUUAUACAAAGAGGGUUAUCAAUGGAGUCACAGAGAUUGGAGACAGAGAAGCUAGGAAUGAAGCAAUAGAAUGGAAUAAAGCACGAAACGUAGAAUUCGCCUUCCUCAUGGACGGAGAUGCCUAUUUCUCCGAACCCAAAGUAAUCAAGGAUCUGAUUCAAUACUCCAAGACCUACGAUGUUGGAAUAAUUGCUCCAAUGAUUGGUCAACCUGGAAAACUCUUCACCAACUUCUGGGGUGCAAUUGCUGCAAAUGGAUACUACGCUAGAAGUGAAGAUUAUAUGGCAAUUGUCAAAGGAAAUAGAGUUGGAUAUUGGAAUGUUCCAUUCAUCACAUCAGCUGUUCUAUUUAACAAGGAAAAGCUUGAAGCCAUGAAAGACGCAUAUAGUUAUAACAAAAACUUGGAUCCAGACAUGUCAAUGUGCAAGUUUGCAAGGGACAAUGGACAUUUCUUGUAUAUCGACAAUGAAAAAUAUUAUGGUUUUUUGAUUGUUAGUGAUGAGUAUGCUGAAACUGUAACAGAAGGAAAAUGGCAUCCCGAAAUGUGGCAGAUUUUUGAGAAUCGAGAGCUUUGGGAGGCUCGUUACAUCCAUCCAGGCUACCAUAAAAUCAUGGAACCUGAACAUGUAGUAGAUCAAGCCUGUCCAGAUGUCUACGAUUUCCCACUGAUGUCUGAGAGAUUCUGUGAAGAGCUUAUUGAAGAAAUGGAAGGAUUUGGACGAUGGAGUGAUGGAAGUAACAACGACAAACGUCUUGCGGGUGGAUAUGAGAAUGUACCAACUCGAGAUAUUCAUAUGAAUCAAGUUGGUUUUGAGAGACAAUGGUUGUACUUUAUGGACACGUAUGUUCGUCCAGUACAAGAGAAGACUUUCAUAGGAUAUUAUCAUCAGCCAGUUGAGUCCAAUAUGAUGUUCGUUGUUCGUUACAAACCUGAAGAGCAACCAUCGCUCCGCCCACAUCAUGAUGCAAGCACUUUCAGUAUUGAUAUUGCACUGAACAAGAAGGGAAGAGACUAUGAAGGUGGAGGUGUACGAUAUAUCAGAUAUAAUUGCACGGUGCCAGCAGAUGAAGUUGGCUAUGCAAUGAUGUUCCCCGGAAGAUUGACACAUCUUCAUGAGGGUCUUGCCACCACAAAGGGUACCAGAUAUAUCAUGGUAUCCUUUAUUAACCCAUAACCUGUUUUUUUUAAGCUUUAAAUGUGUAACUUAAAAUUCGUGUGCUUUAAAUAUUUCUUGUGCCUUUUUCACGGGACGCUGUUGAUUUUUGCCUUACUUUUUAUGUAUUUAAUUUAUUAUAUUUAAUAAAUAUAAUUUUCAUUCAAUGUUUUCUUAAUCGAAAAUGAAUGUUGAUCUCUCAA